CAAUUCGAAUCUCUCAGUUGUCGGUUCGUACGAUGCGAUUGAUCAUGAUCGCAUUUCUUGUUCUCUUCUGCAACCUUGCCGCAGCCGUGACAUUUAAUGUUUCGCAAGAGCACUUGUUAAGCAUGCUCGUAAAAACGAUGCAAGAGAGCAAAGAACGACCGAACGGCGCUAAUCCUGAUGUCAACCUUAACACACUGCAGAUGAUAAGAAAAGCGGGUUAUCCUGCGCAGGCCCAUAUUGCACUGACAAAAGAUGGUUAUCUUCUAACACUUCAUCGUAUCUUGGGUGACAAGAAGCCACCUGUGUUAUUGCAGCAUGGUUUAUUAUGUAGCUCCGCUGACUGGGUCAUUUCUGGCAAGAAAAAAGGACUUGCUUUUAUAUUGGCUGAUCAGGGAUAUGAUGUUUGGUUGGGUAAUUUUCGUGGGAAUACUUAUUCGAGGGCGCAUGUUUCUCUAUCUCCAUCGGAUUCAAGAUUUUGGAAUUUCAGUUUCCAUGAAAUGGGCAUCUACGAUCUACCAGCGAUGAUUUCAUAUAUCACGAAUAUGACUUCACAGUCAUUGCAUACGUACAUUGGUUAUUCGAUGGGCGGAACUGCUUCUUAUGUUAUGGCAGCGGAACAUCCGGAUAUUAUUCGAUUGGUACGAGCGAUAAUCAGCCUUGCGCCUGGAGUUUUUAUGAAACACAUGAAAAGUCCAUUACGGUAUUUUGCUCCUUUCGCAAAAGAAUAUCAGAUAAUGGCGCAUUUUUUCGGUGAGAAUGAAUUUUUGCCCCAAAACGGUGUGUUGCAUUUUCUGUCAAAAUAUGGCUGUAAUAUAGAUGAUUUUGGGGAGAAGAUCUGCACUAACGCAAUAUUCCUGAUCUGUGGAUUUGAUAAAGAGCAGUUUGACUACAAUCUACUACCUGCGAUUUUGAGUCAUCAUCCAGCUGGCGUAUCGACCAAGACGAUAGUACACUUCAGUCAGGAAAUCAUUUCGGGGAAGUUCCGCCAAUACGAUUACGGAUGCGAGAAAAAUAUGCUGAUCUAUAAUGCAACGGAACCACCUGACUAUAAUCUAACGAACAUUACUGUGCCGAUCGCGUUGUUCUAUAGUGACAACGACUGGUUGGCCGACAGCCGGGACGUGAAGAAACUUUAUAGUCUACUACCCAACAUAUUGGAUCUGUACAGAGUACCGUUACCUACAUUCAAUCACGUGGACUUUUUAUGGGGCAAGGAUGCAUUUGAACUUGUGUACAGGAGGUUGCUUAAGAUCAUGAAAAAGAUUUGAGAAUCAAUUCAAUAAUAUUAAAUAUCAUGCUAAUAAUAUCAUGAUAAUAAAGAUGAAAGAUGAAUAUGGAAUACUAAAUCUUUUCGGUGCGUCUACACGUGCACUAUCAUCAUAAAUUAAAAGUAAUUUAGUUCAUAGUAUACGAAAUAGUUUUGUGUAGCUAAAUCAGAAUAAUGCAUGUAUCUAAGUGAUCUUUCUGUUAAAUCAAAUUGAUAAUUUUAAAAA